GUGGUUAAACUGAUUGGAGAGCCGUUAGCUCACAGUCCCCACACAUCAUGGCACCUCGCGAUCCCAAGAAGCUUGCUAAGAAGACCGCCUACCUCGACAGAGUGAAGGACCUCCUCGACACUUGCGAGAAGAUUCUCAUUGCCUCCGUUGAUCAUGUCGGAUCCAACCAGUUGCAGCAGAUCCGUAUUGGUCUCCGUGGCAAGGCCAUCAUCGUCAUGGGUAAGAACACUAUGCUCCGUACCGCCCUUAGGCAGUACGAGGAGGAGCACGACGCUGAUCUCGGCCAUCUCUUGAAUGUCAUCAAGGGUAACAUCGGUCUUAUCUUCUGCAUGGCUCCCAUCGACGAGAUUCGUGAGAUCAUCUCCCAGCACAAGGUUCCCGCUAUGGCUAAGGCUGGUAUGGUUGCUCAGUGCAAUGUCGAUAUCCCCGCUGGUCCCACCUCUUUGGACCCCUCUCAGACCAACUUCUUCCAGGCUUUGAACAUCGCCACUAAGAUUGUCAAGGGUUCCAUUGAGAUCUCCAACGAUGUCGCUCUUGUCACUAAGGGUUCGAAGGUUACCGCCUCCCAGCAGGCCCUUCUCAUGAAGUUGAACAUCCGUCCCUUCGAGUACGGUGUCGAACUUGAGUCCAUCUACGACAACGGUGAGGUCUAUGAUGCCGCUGCCCUGGAUAUCAGCGAUGAUGAUCUUGUUGAGAAGUUCAUGCACGGUGUUACCUAUUUCGCCGCCUUCUCUCGUGAAGCCGGCAUCCCCAACGAGGCCACCUUGCCUUAUGCUAUCAACAACGCCUUCAGGAACAUCGCCGCCUUGUGCUCCGACAUCGACUUCACUUUCCCUGAGAUUGAGGAGCUUAAGGAAUUCCUCAAGGAUCCUUCCAAAUUCGCUUCCGCCGCCCCCGCCGCUGGCGCUGCUGCUGCUGGCGAGGCCAAGGCUGAGGCCGCUGCUGCUCCCGCUGAGGAGGAGGAAGAGGAGGAUGAGGAGAUGGAUUUCGAUCUCUUCGAUUAAGGUGUACUCUGCUGAUGACCUGUUGAUACUCACUUGCCGAAUCGGUUUCGUGUGGCUGCCAAGGGGUUGCUUUAUGCGCCUUGAAAGAGG